CACUAGGUUACAGCUAAUACCAUUGCUUAUCAUUCGGUUAAAGUAUUGACUAUUACUCUGUAACAUACUAAUAACUAAUACUAUCGCAGUGCUGUCCCUGACACCAUGGCGGGAGACGACCUCUACCUGAACAACCACCAUCAGCUUUUCGACAUGCCUGAAGCCAUGUGGGAGCUUUCUAACUACAACAACUUGCCUCAAAGCAAUGCAUUGCGGACGGCAGAUGGCCCCUUCCUCCAGAUCAUGGAACAGCCCAAGCAGCGCGGGUUCAGGUUCCGCUACGGGUGUGAGGGGCCCUCACAUGGAGGGCUGCCAGGGGCCACCAGUGAGAAGAACAGGAAGUCCUUCCCCGCCGUCAAGGUGUGUAACUACCAAGGCCCCGCCCGCAUUGUGGUCCAGCUGGUGACGGCCAUCUCCAGACCAGCCCACCUGCACGCCCACAGCCUGGUGGGCAAACAGUGUGACAAGGGCAUCUGUAUAGCAGACCUCCCCCCCAAAGACUCUACCAUCAACUUCCCCAACCUGGGCAUCCUCCAUGUGACCAAGAAGAAUGUGCACAAGACUCUUGAGGAGCGGAUGACGGAGGCCCUGAGGAUGGGCUACAACAACGGCGUGUCCAUCCACCCCGAGAUCGACAUCAUGCAGGGGGAGGUGCGCUCCCCCCGGGAGCUAACGGAGCACCAGCGCAGUCUGAUCAGCAGCGCUGCGUCCCACCAGUCCAAGGACAUGGACCUCAGCGUGGUGCGCCUCAUGUUCACCGCCUUCCUCCCCAACAGUGACGGGGGGUUCUCCCGCCGGCUGGACCCCGUGGUCUCGGACCCCAUCUACGACAGCAAGGCCCCGAAUGCGUCCAACCUGAAGAUCGUGCGGAUGGACCGGACGGCUGGCUGCGUGAGCGGGGGGGAGGAGGUGUACCUGCUCUGUGACAAGGUCCAGAAAGAUGACAUCCUGGUCCGGUUCUACGAGGAGGAUGAGACCGGGAUGACCUGGGAGGCCAUGGGAGACUUCUCCCCAACGGAUGUUCACAGACAGUUUGCUAUCGUGUUCAAAACGCCGAAGUACAGAGACCUGAAUCUCCAGAAGUCAACCUCCGUCUUCGUCCAGCUCAAGAGGAAGUCGGACAACGAGACCAGUGAUCCCAAACCCUUCACGUACUACCCUCUGAUCACAGACAAGGAAGAAGUGCAGAGGAAGAGACAAAAGACGUUGCCCAACUUCGGGGACUUCAAUGGAGCAGGAGGAGGAGGAGGGGGGCUGGGGGGGGGAGGGGGAGGGGGCGGCCAUUACCGGGGGGUGGGCGGGCCUUCUGGAGGAGGAGGAGGUUACUACCAGGGCUUCUCCUCCUACGACCACGGAGGAGGAGGUGGAGGAGGUGGAGGAGGUGGAGGUUACAGCGGCGGUUACUCUGCUGCCCUGGGCUCAGUGCCCGUGAAGCAAGAAGCGUCCCAGGAGGCGGCGGCGGCGGAGGACUGUGGCGGCGGUGACGGCGCGUCGGAACACCAGACGGGGGGGGACCCAGGCUCCGGGGCCGCGGCGGGCCCCCCAGCCCAGCAGAGGGGCCCUCGGGUCGGGCAGACGGAGGACUUGUGUCGGCCGCCCCCUGGAUCACACGCCGCAGACAGGAUAGAGGAAGCAUCCCUAGUGUGUGAGGUGGAUGUGUCUCUAUUGGCCUCAGGGAGCCGUCAGGUGCAGGCUCUGUACCAGUACGCUCUAACUGGGGACCCGGCAUACCUGUUGGCCCCUCAAAGACCUCUACUGACCACCCAGGACCAGGAUGGAGACACGGGUCUUCACCUGGGGGUGAUCCACAGCCAGGGGGAGGUGGUGAGAAGUCUGGCCCAGGUUCUGUCCUCCCUGCCUGGGGAGGACAUCCUCAACAAGAGGAACCAUCUCUACCAGACUCCUCUGCACCUGGCCGUCAUCACCCAGCAGAAGGAGGCCAUCGAGGCCCUGCUGUUGGCCGGCGCCGACGCCACUCUGACGGAUCGCCACGGCAACACGCCCCUGCACCUGGCGUCGCAGCAAGGGGGCGGGGCCAUGGUGGCCACUCUGCUCAGACACACCGAGGUGGCCGAGCUGGUGGACCUGUCCAACCUCGCAGGCCUGUGCGCCCUCCACCUGGCGGUGUUGGGCAACAGCCUAUCAGCGGUCAGGGAUCUGCUGGGGGGCGGGGCCAGCGUGGAGACGGCCGAGAGGAGCUCCGGGAGGACGGCCCUCCACCUCGCCACCGAGCUGGACAACGUGUCCCUGGCCGGCUGCCUGCUGCUGGAGGGCAACGCAGACGUCAACGCCUGCACCUACAACGGCUCCACCCCCCUGCACGUAGCGGUGGGACGAACCUCCGUCAAACUGACAGCCCUCCUUAUGGCCGCAGGUGCGGACCCUCACAAGGAGAACUUUGAGCCUCUGUACUACCGGGACGAAGACUGCUGUGAGGGUGAGGAAGAGGAGGAGGAGGACGAAGGCUACAUCCCAGGGACCACCCCGCUCAGCAUGGCCGCCGCGCCGCAGGUACUAGAGCUGCUGAAUGGUAAGGAGUACCGGCCGGAACCAGUCAGCCGGACCCCUCUGACCCCACAAGGGGACCUGUCUACCCUGGCCGUGGACACUAAGCGCGCGCUGUGCGCUGCUCUGGAGGGGGGGGCUCCCGGGGGGGCCGGCGGCUGGGAGAGGCUGGCCCACACCCUGGGACUGGGCCUGCUGGUCAACGCCUUCAGGCUCAGCCCCCGUCCCGCACGCACCCUGCUGGACAGCUACGAGGUCUCGGGUGGGACGAUCAAGGACCUGGCGGCAGCGCUGCAAUUGGUUGAAAACCGCGUUGUGCUGGGCCUCCUGCAGGGGGCGCUGUUGGAGCUGGAGGCUUCCGGAGAGGCUGCCGAAGAGACGGCCGAAGACGCUCAGGUCCCCCUCGCCGAUCUCAAGCUAGAAACUCAGAAUGACAGCGGGGUGUGCGACAGUGGGGUCGAGCUCUCCACGCUCUGACUCCCUGAUCUCCCUUUCCCCCACCAAUCACUCCACUGACUGUCGUCAUUUUUUUUUUUAAUAUUUUUGACACACAGCCUUUCGUUGGUGGAACGCAUGGACAACCUGCCUACUUGCCUGUCUGUUUUCUGGACUCAUUGGAGGAGGUGGUAGAGUGUGUGAAAAUGAAAAUGCAAACCUUUUGCAUGAACAUUUCAUAAAGUCAAAGCACAUUGUGUGCUUUAAAGUCAAAGCACAAAAAAACGAUUGUGAACUGGAUGCAUUUACAUGUAUAACAAAACAGACUUUUGUAAGGAUACAUAUGAAAUAUUUUGUAUUUUUAAGGUUUUAAACCUCAAUGAGACGUCAUUGACAAUGAAUUGAAGCCGACAAACUAUCAAUAUCGGCUGCAUUUGAAUCCCACGCUGCAUUUAAGUUUUGAUUAUAAUCCAAAUCCCCUCAUGAAAUGGAGAAAGAUAGUUUUACUGGCGAGCAUGUUUCCUUGGGGUCGUAUGGAACACAUUUUCCAGUCCACGGAUGAACAGGGAACAUGGCCGAACAUGGAACAAUCACCAACUCUUUCAACACCUUCAACCUCUUGGAACAGUGAGACGAUUUGAAUUAACUCAACUUUAAUUGCCUUUCGGUGUGGAGAAUGCAGUCGCCGUGGUAACCUGUUUUCUUCCUUUUUGAUAUGAUUUUGUGUGGAGCUGUCCUGGAAUACUAUCAUUGUAAAACCUUUUGUCAUUUAUUUCGCAAAUUAAAAAUAACCAAUGUAAUUUUUAA